AGGCUAAUGUUUAUCUAGGCUGUGUGCCUAGGCAACCUAGCUAGCUGGAUACGCUUUUAUAGAAGCUUAUCUUGCUAGGCCAAAGUAGUUUUCGGCUAUCUGCAUGACUGUCGAUAUGGAUGCAACUAAAGACAUGUGGACCUUUUCAUAGUUCUGUCCCUCCGAUUUCUUCUCUGCGCUUGCUAGUUCCUCCUCUGCGUCUAAUGUCUGCAUUUAUGUGGCAAAUUGCUCAACAUCAAAAUGUGGAGCAUUAUGAAAAACUGGAAGAAUUUGUUUCCUUGGUCACAAAGUUGGUCCCAGAUGUCUUGACCAGCAGGCAGAAGGCUACACUAGUAAUUGGACUGAGGGCAAAGAUGAUUCUUGAGAUGUGCCGUGGUGAACUACCUGCAGAUCUUCAAACAGUGAAGUCACAUGUAUACAGGAUUCAGUCCUCUCAUUCUUCAAAGGUCAGUUAUUCAGAAGUGGAGAACCUGCAGGUGAAGUUGCUGAAACUUGUGCUGGGUCUGCUGGAGGACCCUGGCAAAAAGCAGUACUUCUUUCAGGAAGUGUACCCACUCGAGUAUGGUCCUGACUUUGACAAAGCACUGCAAGUCUUGGUUGGCCAUUUCCUCUCCAGACUGGAACAGCUGCUGCCAGUACCAAACUUCAAACAGACUUCAUCUGUACUUAGUUCCUGUUAUUGGGAGUGGAGUGAUUGUGUAGAGUCUGUUUGUAGAACAGAGAGUUUGCUACCCUUGAUGCAGACUGGCUUUUGUGGGACAUUGGGAGAUAAUGCUCUCCCAUCAAUAGUAGAGGACAGAAUCAUCUCCUCACUUUCCCUCCCUCCCUUAACUAAUGUGUUUACAUCCAGCCAAAGUACUGAUCAGUCGCAACCUUCCCUGAGUUCUCUGAGUCCUUCCCAGAGUACUCAGGAUGCAGACCAUGAGCGUGAACAGGAAGUAGGAUUCAAUUUAAAUCUUGCUAGAACUGCAACGAUAGAAUAUCCAAAGGACCACCAGAGUCCAACAUCCAAUGAUGGAGCAACAGAUGAAGCUGCAGAGAGGCAGAGGUUUGAAAGAGAGAUCAAAGAGGCUAUUAAGCAUUUAGAAAAGGAGAGUGAAUUGUCAGCUCAGACGGCUGCAUCUUUGCCAAGCAAUGAGAUGACAGGAGUCAAAACACCUGGGGAAUCAGUAAGUGGUGUUUCUGAGUCUGCUGCUGCAGUACUGCUUAUUACAGUUAAAAAACCCCAAGUUCUGAUUCCCAGAAUUGCACUUACAAAGACUGACUUACCACUGGAGGUUUCACACUCUGUAGCAACCAAAAGUAGCCAAGAAGGACACAGAAACUCAAGCAAACCACAGCAGAAUGUCGCAGCUCCAUCAGACCUAUCCUCAUCAGAUAAGGAAAUUCAGAAAAAUGUGACAUCUGAGUCAUGUGGAUAUCCCCAGAGUCCCAGUAAUCCUUUGUCAGUUGACUCCUCUGCAAAAAUUCCUUGGAAAGGUUCUUACCUACUUGGCAGGGCCUUGUAUAAGUGUCUUAAAUGUGACAAGCGUUUUGUGUAUCGCUCAGUGCUUCUCAAACACCAGCAGAGUGCCAGCUGCGUGGCCACACCCAAGUGCUGCGAGUGUGGACAGGUGUUCAAGGAGUCCAGACUCCUGGCUGUCCACCGGCAGAAGUGCUGCAGGUUGAGGACUUACAAGUGUAUCAAGUGUGGAGCAGCCUUUAAGUCACUCUCUAACUGGUACACCCAUCAGAGGACCCACAAGGUGUUGUGCAUGUACAAAUGCCCCGAAUGCAGGAAGCCUUUCCAGAGUCUAACAAGCCUACUCGCUCACAGGCGCGAGCACAUGACUCCUUUGGUGAAUGGCGUCUACCCCUGUGACAAUUGUGAGCUGACCUUUGGGUCGUACCGGGCUAGGGUGAUACACCAGAGGAAGCACGAGGCUAAGCUCCCGCGGCCACCGCAGCAGGAGCGAGAGCCGGGGAAAUGCCGCUUCUGUGGAGAGAUGUUCGCUGUCCUCAGCGACCUAAGGGUGCACCUGAAAACACACCCCGAGUACCGGCCGCACCAGUGCGAUCAUUGCGGCAAGUGCUUUGUGCUGCGCAGCAGUCUGCUGGCGCACCUCGCCAACCACACAGGUGAGAAGCCGCUCCUCUGCACCCAGUGCGGCAAGCGCUUCUUCGGUAAGGUGCAGCUCAAGUCACACAUGCGCUGCCACACAGGCGAGCGGCCGCACAUGUGCCCGCAUUGUGGCAAGUGCUUCUCGCUGCUGGGUAACCUGAAUAUUCAUGUGCGGAUCCACACGGGGGAGAAACCCUACGUCUGCCACCAGUGCGGCAAGGGCUUCAUCUCGGCUGGAGACCUGCAGGUGCACCAACGUAGCCACACGGGUGAGAAGCCGUACCAUUGCAGCAUCUGUGACAAGAGAUUCGUGGUCUCCAGCCACCUGACGGCGCAUAAGCGCGUCCACACAGGCGAGCGGCCGUUCUCCUGCGCCCAGUGCGGGAAGACCUUCGGGCGGAGGUACGACUGGAAUAAGCACAUGUACACGCACUCGGGGAUGAAGCCGUUCCCCUGCACUCUUUGCCAGAAGAGCUACACACGUCGCACACACUUGACCAGACACAUGCAGAGCCAUGAUGCUGGCCACUAGCAGUAUCAAUGGGAAUAAUUCAUUGGGAGUGCAAGGUGUACAUACUUCAGUUCUGGACAUGGCUCAUAUGUUGUGUUAACCAAAUGCAAAUGGUUAUAUGAUUAACCAGUAAAUGUUGGCCAUAUAUUUUGAGAAUAUCGUGAUCAUAUAGGUAUGGCGAAUAUAUCAUAUCUCAACAUGUUUGUUAGUCUUGGUAAGCAACAAAAAUUAAUAUUGAAAAUGCCUCAAAGUUGAUGCAAUUAGUGCCUCUUACAGGGUUUUGAAGAUAUCCUAUAACCACUUUUACCAGGACAAACUAUUUCUUGGAUAUGACUUGGAUCACUGAAAUUAAAUUUGUCUCUGGUUGUGGGAAAUGA